GACAGUUCACAUCUGACAUUUGAUACAAUCGUGAAUCCACAAAACAAAAAUGCAAGUUUGUCGGUCUACUAGUCUAGCAGCAGCUAGCUGAUCUAGUAUGUACUAGCUAUAUAGCUCAUUCAUCAUACUACAGGUUGAAAGUUGUCAAAUGUUCAAAACAUGUGACGCCGGACGAUAGCGCAAUGUCAGAAAGAAAAAUCAUAAUAUUAUAACUUAAGUAAAACACUUGGAGAAAUUGUAAGUGAAGCUUAAAAUCAGUAAUUGUUAAUUAUAUACGAGAAUAUUCACAAUGAGAUCAAAAUUCGUGAUUGGGACUGUGCUUGGUUUGUUUGUACUUUUUGGCUGGCUACUAGGACAUAUAUAUGGGGUGCUCCUAGCUGUCUAUGAAGAGACAACAAUUUUCAAAGACUUGGAGUACUCAUGGGUGUUCAGAUUACUAUUAAACUUAGUAGGCUACUCCACCGUGAUACUGCCAUGCUUUGCACUUUACAAAUAUCUUGAAAAGACACACUACUUCGAAAAAAUAACAAACAACAAUUGGGUGAGUCGUCUGCUGCGAACGAUGUUUUUGGAACAGGAGCGGCUGCCGGAGGUGGUGCGUGUGGACGAGAGCCUCCCUCAUGAAAGUGUCGAGUUAGCGUUGUGUGUGGUGGGACUCAUGGGGGCUUACCUCGUGUGGGGAUUGCUACAGGAGAAGAUAAUGACAACUGACUACGUGUUGUCGGACGGCUCCCUGUGCCGCUUCACGGACUCUCAGUUCCUGGUGUUCGUGAACCGCGUGCUGGGGUCGUUGGUGGCGCUGGUGCGUCUCCGCGCCACGCGGCGGCCUCUAUUCCCCGCUCCCCUCUACAAGUUCUCGUACUGCGCGCUCACCAACAUCGUCAGCGCCUGGUGUCAGUACGAGGCCCUCAAGUUCGUCAGCUUUCCCACUCAAGUGCUGUCCAAGUCGUGUAAGGUGAUCCCGGUGAUGCUGAUGGGGAAGCUGAUCUCCCGCGCCAAGUACGAGUCCUACGAGUACGUCACCGCCGUCCUCAUCUCGCUCGGCAUGGCGCUGUUCCUGUUCGGGACCGGCGAGGACCACGCGUGGGGCGCGCCGAGCGUGUCCGGGGCGUGCCUGCUGGUGCUGUACCUGUGCUGCGACAGCUUCACGUCGUCGUGGCAGGGCGCGCUGUUCCGGCGGCACGGCCUGCAGCCGCUGCAGAUGCUGCUGUGUGUGAGCUUGUGCUCGUGCUCGCUGUCGGCGGCGGCGCUGCUCGGGCGGCCGCUGCCGGCGCUCAUCUCCCAGCCGUCGUUCGUGGCGGACGCGUGCCUGCUGGCGCUGAGCUCGGCCGCGGGUCAGCUGAUCAUCUACCGCACCAUCGCUCGGUUCGGUCCCGUGGUGUUCGCUAUCUGCAUGACGCUGCGGCAGGCGGGCUCGGUGCUGUUGUCGUGCCUGGUGUUCGGCCACCGCGUGUCGGCGGGCGGCGCGGCGGGGGUGACGCUGGUGUUCUCGUCGGUGUUCCUCCGCCUGUACUGGCGCAGACGCCGCGCGCCGCUGGCCGCGCCGGGCGACAAGUAGAUCGCCUCCCACAGUAUACAUAUAAAUGACUAGCCCCGGUGAGGACGUCACAUAUUAUUUAUUUAGGAAAAUGUUCUCCAAGAACCCUUUUUAUGACUCGGUGCAUAUUUUAUUAUUUUGAUGAUAUUUUAUUUUACAUCGAAAACAAAAUCUCGAAUAUAAUGCUCGUAGAGUGAACUCGUCUGUCGAUGAAAUGUGUUGAGCGAUGGCCGCGGCCGACUCGUGUAGAUAAUGAUAUUCUUAGUCGUAAGUAACAAUAUAAGAAUAGAUAUAUUAAUAUAA